UCACUAUGGUUGGGCUGAAGUUUAUACUCAUUUGGAUACUUGUAAUUAAGGUUGCAUUAGGGAAAAUAACCUUCUUUAUCCACGUUGAUGAAGUAACGACCGAUGGAAAAAUCCAUGGUGGUGCCUGCUGUCAGGGUGUAUCUGGGACGAAGUGUACAAAACUGUGUAAACCGGUCCUCACUGUAUGCCUCAAGGCCAGAAAUCAACCCUGUAUAACCAGCUUUACCACGACUACUGAUAUAAGACGAAAACAAGUUUUUUUUGGAUCCAAAGUGGGCAAUACAACAAACCCUCAAUUUCUUGAUGUCGAUACCUGGAAUAAAUAUACAGGCAAAAUAGCAGUUAGCGUGGGAGAUCAACAGACAUCCUCUCUGCCCCUCAUCUACCAGACAGAGUUCUCUGAUUACAAUUUAAAGAUAGGACACAAUAUAUUGUCACAGAAUUGGAGACAGCAGAAGCUAGCAGCCAACUUUAUAAGAGACAAAAACUCAUUUGGCAUUCAGAUCACAUACAAGGCUUACUGUUCUGAAGGUUACUAUGGAUCAGACUGCUCAGCUUACUGUCCCGGUAAUCCAAAAAAAUGUAUUGUUAAUGAACACACCUACUGUAAAAUGGGAUUGACAGGUAGAAACUGUGACCACGAUGUUGAUGAAUGCGUUAGUAAAACGUUCUGUAAUCACGGAACAUGUACAAACACUCCUGGUAGUUUUCACUGUACCUGCCCACCUUCUGUGUACGGUCUGAAAUGUCAAUUAGAUGAAGAUGAGUGUCUGUUGGAGCCUUGUAAUGGAGGAGAGUGUGUCAACAAAAUCGGUAGUUAUGAUUGUCUUUGUCGAAAUGGUACAUCGGGGAAAACCUGUGAAUCAUUGACUGGUACUUCCUGUGACGGGAUUUCGUGUAGCAAACAUGGCAGAUGUACCAUUAGUAAAGGAAAACCUGUGUGUUAUUGCAAUCACGGCUACUCUGGAACAGACUGUUCUAUUACAGAUUUUUACUGUGAACAUGAUUACUGUUUUAACAAAACAUGUUCUAAUCGUGGUACAUGUCAUAGUGGACACCACUCCUACUCAUGCCAAUGCAACACUGGUUACACAGGACAAAAUUGUGAACACACUUACUGUGAUACAAACCAAUGUCAAAAUAAUGCUACGUGUGUAAAUGGUCAUUCAGGCUAUACAUGUAAAUGUGAUCCUAGGUUUACUGGAAAUCAUUGUGAAAGACGUAAUUUUUGCAAUGGCCACAAUUGCAACGGUCAUGGAAACUGUAGAAACGACAAAAAUGGCUAUACUUGUCAAUGUUCACCGGAAUACAAUGGACAUAACUGUGAACAAAGAAAUUACUUUAUAAAUGUGUCUGGUUAUUAUCCGACAUCAUCAAUUUUUACAUUUACCACUACGUCACUAAGUAAACAACAAUGUAACUUAUCCUCUUGCAAUAAUCAUGGAAAAUGUUAUCCAGAAAGCAAUUCAAAGGGUUAUUUGUGUGAAUGUGAGAGAGGAUGGUUAGGUUCAGAAUGUGAACACUAUGAUUACUGCCGUAACAUUACCUGUUCCAACCAUGGAACAUGCUUUUCGGGAAAAAACGAUUAUUUUUGCCUCUGUGAAAAGGACCAUUUCGGAAAAUUGUGCAAUGUAACUAAUUUUUGCGAAAACAUCACUUGUGCAUUUCCUCGUUUAUGCAUAGAAACCUUAAAUGGAUACUCAUGCGAUUGCCCUACUGGGUUAUAUGGUAUCUACUGUACUAAGGUUAAUUAUUGUUCUCAAAGUCCAUGUGGGGGGCACGGAAAAUGCAGUAAUACAGAAAGCGGGUUUAUAUGCAUGUGUGAUGUCGGUUGGGCUGGUGACAACUGCUCAUCGGUUGAUUUUUGUUCUAGUUCACCAUGCGGACAUCACGGUUUAUGUCAAAAUAAUCAUCUUAACUUUACCUGCUUUUGUGACGACGGUUACAUUGGACAUCAAUGCGAAGAGAUUGAUUUUUGUCUCGAAAGUCCCUGCGAAAAUAAUGGAACUUGUAUAUCACAUUUAAAUGGUUACGAGUGCAACUGCAUGCACAUGUGGACCGGUCAGAAGUGUAAUGAAAGGAACGUUUGUGUUUUGGAUAAUCCUUGUAAUUCGCACGGCAAUUGUUCCAUGGUUCAGUCUAAUGUAAGCUGCUCUUGUAUAUCUGGUUGGACUGGUUCAUUUUGCAGUAUUCCAGAUUUUUGUUACAGUUCACCUUGUGGAAAACAUGGAGCUUGUAAAAACAGACUUGGUUCAUAUAAUUGCAUUUGUGAUACGCAGUGGUUAGGAAAAAAUUGUCAAGUGAAUGCAUGCGAUAAUAUCUCUUGUAGUAACCACGGAAUCUGUUCAGCGGACUUGUCCACUUCGUCGUACCACUGUGAAUGUACAGAUGGAUGGAUUGGUCAUAAUUGUGAUAUUCCAGAUCCCUGUCAAACAAAGAUUUGUGAAAAUGGAGGUACAUGUUUUCCAUUGCUGUUGAGUCAUGCAAAUAGUUUAGUGAAUUUAGCUUUAUUUAACAAUCUUGACAAUGGAAUCAUUAAUGGGUCAAUUACAGCUGAAUGUAAAUGUAUGAAAGAGUGGGCAGGACCACGAUGCGAAAAAGAUGUAGACGAAUGUUUGAUAAAAGACGCGUGUAAGGGACAUGGAUUUUGUGUUAAUGAUAUAGGAAAUUUUACAUGUUUGUGCGAACACGGAUGGGAAGGGUUACAAUGCGAGGUAAAUAUUAACGAAUGUCUAUCGAACCCUUGCAAGAAUAACGGUUCAUGUGUUGAUAAGAUAAACGGUUAUAGUUGUUUAUGUUCUGAACACUGGGAAGGAGAUUAUUGUCAGAAAGAUGUUGAUGAAUGCAAAUACUUCCCAUGUGGAUUGUAUGGAACGUGUGUGAAUAGUGAAGGUAACUUUUCGUGUCAAUGUGAAAGUUCGUGGACUGGACGACACUGUGAGAGUCAUAUCAAAUCAUGUCUUUAUGAUCCAUGCAAAAAUAACGCUACUUGCAUUGACCUAGAGGAAACAUAUUACUGUAAUUGUGACAAAAAAUUUAAAGGUCGACACUGCGACAUUGAUAUAGAUGAGUGUUUAUUGUAUCCAUGUAAAAAUGGUGGCAGUUGUAUAAAUACGCAUGGGUCAUACUUCUGCAAAUGCUCCGAGCAAACGACUGGAUUUCAUUGCGAACUAGACGUCAAUGAAUGCACCAGGGACCCAUGUCCCCAAAAUACGUCAUGCGUUAACAAAGAAAAUGGCUUUCUUUGUCAAGACUGUACCACCUUUGUCUGUGCAAAUGAAGGUCAGUGCAUUGAUACGGUAGGUGGACCAAAGUGCAAUUGUUCAAAGAGCUGGACUGGUUCGACAUGCAAGCAAAAAAACUUUUGCUUAAAUAAUCCAUGUGGUCCUUUAGAAAAUUGCAUUAACAAACACACUGCAUACGCUUGUGAAUAUCACCCUUGUAUUAGCUCACCUUGUCGAAACAAUGGGCAGUGUAUUGAGUCUGGCUUUAGGUACUUUUGCAAUUGUUCUAUUGGAUGGACAGGGAAAAACUGUGAAAAGCGAGAUUACUGUUUGUUUAAUACCUGUUUCAAUAAUGGUACGUGUUCAAAUGCAAAAGCAUCCUUCCAAUGUCUUUGUUCUGAUAAAUGGUAUGGUACAACCUGUGAUAAAUAUGACUAUUGUAUUUCAAACCCAUGCAAAAAUGGAGGGAUCUGUAUAAAUAAAGAAACUAAUUUUAAAUGUGAUUGUGUACAAGGAUGGACAGGAUCUAAAUGUGAAACACGAGAUUACUGUAAAAGUUCACAGUGUUCAAACAAUGGUAUCUGUGUCAAUUCGAACACAUCCUAUUCCUGUAAUUGUCCACCUCAAUGGCUAGGAAGAUAUUGUGAGUUGUAUAACUAUUGCCACACCAAUCCAUGUAACAAUAGAGGUGUAUGUAUUAAUAACAAUACGGGAUAUGUAUGUUUUUGCAAUCAAGGGUUUAUGGGAAGAUCUUGUAGUAUGAUUGAUUACUGUGCAGCUGAACCAUGCCAAAAUAACGGGUCAUGUGCUUCAGAACAGGAAGGAUAUAUUUGUCAUUGCCAUGCAGGCUACGAUGGGAAAAAUUGUGAACGCGACAUGGAUGAAUGUGCAUUCAAUUUAUGCCCAGCAAGAUCGGUAUGCUAUGAUAAUGCUGGUGGAUUUACAUGUGUUUGGAAAGAUAACCGACGACGACGAAGUUUAUUGAAUGAAAAACUGGUUUACACAAUCAAACUUCCAUUCACGUCCGAUGGAAUGAAAGCAAUGUGGAAUACAGACUUGUUAAGAGAAAAAAUAAAUAAAUGUACAGGCAAAAGAAAACUUGUAUUACGUCCAUUACGUUUAACAGUUGUGACACGGGAACACUCCAUUUAUCUAAGAUACAGCGCACUAUGCCAGCUCUAACAUUGUUGUCAAGACAUCUGGUAAUCUGCAUCCAGUAUUUCAUUAGAAAAAUUUGCAAACAGAAGUGACGUUUUCUAUAACUUUUCAGAUAGCUUACAUUUGUUGUUAGAUUUAUUGUUAUAUAAUUUAUAUAACAUGUAACAUUGUAAUCAACACAUCUGUUGCUUAUAAUUUUUUCUAAGUUUACAUGAUUCUUUUCUUUACCAUUAAAUAUACAGUAAUAUACAUUUUUAGGUUGAAAACAAUGCUAAAACA